AUGAAGAGGAGGCAGAGAAACGUGGCCGGAAAUGGAACGCCGGCAACGAAGAGGAAAGUGAAAAGGGUGGCUGAGAAGGUGGAAGAGGAGGAGGAGGAGGUGGUGGUGGUAGAAGAGAGGAAGGAUGGUGGGGAAUGCGUCAGGGGGCCGGUGGAGGAGAAUCCGGAGAUGGUGGUUGAGUGGGAGGAGUGGCAGUGUUGGUGGAGUUCUGCAGUGGAUGAGCUGAUGUCAUGGGGCGCAGUGUGGUGCCCAUUUUGGGAUGUGGUGGAGUUCAUGGGUGAAGACUGUGAAGCUUACGAUGCAUUGUAUAGUGAUGUUGUUUGGGAUUAUGAUGUUUGGGAUUUGAAAGGUAUCAAUGAAGUUCCGAAGCCAUGA